AUGGGGAGUGAGUACAGAUGCGUGGGAUGUGGGUUUAGGGUUAAGUCACUGUUCAUUCAAUACUCUCCUGGCAACAUUCGUCUUAUCAAAUGCGGAAACUGCAAGGAAGUCGCAGACGAAUACAUCGAGUGUGAACGCAUUAUUAUUUUGAUCGAUUUAGUUCUACACAGACCCAAGGUAUAUAGGCACGUUCUCUUCAAUGAAAUUAAUCAAGCAACUGUUAAUAUUCAGCAUCUGUUGUGGAAGCUGGUCUUUGCUUAUCUACUUCUAGACUCAUAUAGAAGUUUGCUACUGAGAAGAACUCAUGAGCAUUCGAGCUUGGUUCUUAUAACUGUGAAGGUUCUAAUCAACGUCCUGUCUACAAAUCUUGCAUUUAUAUUCUCUGUUGCCAUUGCUGCUAAGGGUUUGCUAAAUGAAGUUUCCAGAAGAAGAGAAAUUCUUUUAGGGAUAUUAAUCUCAAGUUACUUCAAGAUCUUUCUGCUAGCGAUGCUGGUAUGGGAGUUCCCAGUGUCAGUGAUCUUCAUUAUAGAUUUACUUGUCCUAACAUCCAACUCCAUGGCUCUUAAAGAAUCUUAUGAUUCCAACUUCAUCUUCCAUUCCAAUCUUUUGUUUUUGAGUAAAAGAGAACCUUUGCAGUUUGCACUGUAUUAG